UGUUUGGGUGUCGUCUGCUGGUCAGGUCACAUGUACCCCAUGCCGUUUCCCAUCUUGUGCCAGCAGACCUUGCAUAAGAGUGGGUGAGAGAAGACGAUGUCGAUGAGAAGAUACCUCCUGCACAUUGCUUACUGUGGCUCCAGGCUACGGUUAGUGUUGGCCAAACACAGGCUCUGCAGCUGCUGAUGGUGGCCAAAUCACUGGCUUAUUCAGUACUCAUAAAAAGUGGUGUCCAGAAGCAGAGAGAGGAGCACGAAGCUCUGUUUGUCAGCGUUGGUGGCCUGGUGGAGAAGGGGCUGCAGCGCCUCAGGCCAGAGAGCAUUGAACAGCUGUACUUCUCCAGCCGCACUGAUACUGGUGUUCAUGCUGUGUGUAACACAGCCCAUGUGGAUUUGUCGUGUCAAAGUGAAGGGUUAUGUUAUGAGCCUAGCGCUAUCACGAACACGCUAAAUCGCUUCUUUAAAAAAAAUAAUGCUGAAAUUAGAGUCCACAAGACCAUCCUGGUGCCAUCCACCUUCCAUGCACGCUAUGAUGCAGUGUCGCGGAGGUAUCUCUAUCGUCUGGCAGUGACUCUUGAGCCCACAAGUGCUGGUCGUGCUGCCCUGGAAAAGUUCAUGCCUGUUGCUGAGAUAGGAAAACUUUAUCUUGUCAGGCCUCCCUUUGAUGUUGAGCGCCUGGAGCCUGUCUGCCGUCUGCUGGAGGGAAUACAUGACUUUGCUUCCUUUGCCAAUGUACAAAGGAAGGGUGACACUCCAAGAGAAACUCUGCGGGAAAUAAAAAGUGUUACUGUGACACCUGGCCGACCAUUACUGGAUCCAAGCCAGGAUCCCCUGUAUUCUCACCUCCAGUUUUGGGAUGUGAAUGUGCAUGGGAAAUCCUUCCUCUACAGACAGGUGCGGCGGAUAGUUGGGGUGUUGGUGGGUGUGGCACAGGGACGUUUCAACCUGCAGGACGUGCAACACAUGCUGGACUAUCCAUCACAGAGAAACUGGAGCCCUAAAGUGCAAGUAGCUCCCCCUGAUGGCCUCUUUCUUCUCGAUGUGGAGUACCCUCUUCAUGUGUUUGCUGAAGGAGAGGACUCAGGGCAGCGCCCACAGGAGUAAACGAUGAUAGAUGGGCAGUAUCUCUCCUUCCGUGCUCAUUAAUAAAGGUGACUAAUGUAC